AUGGCGAUCAGGGGGGUACCUUCGCAGCGGGAGAUGACGGUGGCGGAGUUCAAGGAGUGGCUGAAGCAGUUCGACGCGGACGGCGACGGCCGGAUCAGCAGGGACGAGCUCCGCGAGGCCAUCCGCCGCCGCGGCGGCUGGUUCACCACCCUCAGGGCCGGCCGCGCCGUCCGCCGCGCCGACAGGGACAACAGCGGCUUCAUCGACGACGCCGAGGUGGAGAACCUCGUCGCCUUCGCGCAGAAGGAUCUCGGCAUGAGGAUCUCUGCCUGGUAG